AUGUCUGAGAAUGUUGGUUCAGGGAUAGGGUCUUCGCUUCCUAGUAUUCCUAGACCUACACCUGCUACUAUAAGCGGAGGGAUUUACAGAUUCAAGCAUCAUCUUGCCGGUACUAAAGAGGAUUCAGAGCCUUGUGCUUCAGUACCUGAAGAAGUGAAGGCUGUGAUGUUGAAAGUCUGUGUGGAGGCUAAAGAAGCAUCAUUGAAGAAGAGAAGAUUUGGUGAUGAUGAGGAUUAUCCUGAACAAACAGAAAAGGAAAAGGACAAUUCUCAACAAAAGGGGAAAGAUAUUCGCAACUUUGUCACAAAAGGAAAAGGGGCUCAAGUUCAAUCAACAAUAAAUCAAAUGAUGAAGAAGGAUCUAAAAUAUGGAAUUGGCUAUAAACCUCCUUCUUACCAUGAGUUAAAAGAAACCCAAUUAAAGAAAGCAGUGAACAAUGUUGAUGAAAUGCUUACUGAAUUUAAAGCAGAGUGGAAGAGAACUGGUUGUUCAAUCAUGUCGGAUGGAUGGACUGAUAAAAAAAGGCGUAGUAUUUGUAAUUUUUUGGUGAACAGCCCUAAAGGAACAGUUUUUCUUUAUUCAUUGGACACUUCUGACAUCUCGAAAACAACGGAUAAAGUUGUCAAAAUGCUAGAAGAUGCCGUAGAAUUUCUUGGUAAAGAGAAUGUAGUCCAAAUUGUUACAGAUAAUGCUGCUAAUUAUAAGGCUGCUGGAGAAAGAAUGAUGGAGACUAGAAAAAGUUUGUAUUGGACACCAUGUGCUGCACACUGCAUAGAUUUGAUAUUGGAGGAUUUUGAAAAGAAGCUAAAGGUGCAUGAAACAACCAUAAAAAAGGGAAGAAAAAUCACCACUUUUAUCUACUCUCGGAGUAUGCUCAUUAGCAUGUUGAGGAAUUUUACAAAGGGAAAGGACUUGGUUCGGCCAGGUGCCACAAGAUUCGCCACUGCGUAUUUGACUCUCACUUGUCUUCAUGAUAAUAAAGGACCGUUGAUGACUAUGUUUACUUCUGCUGAUUGGAAGACAACUAAGGUUGCAUCAACGCCUGAAGGAAUAAGAGUUCAAAACAUGGCCUUGGAUAGUAGGCUAUGGAAGAAUAUUGUCAUAUGCCUCAAGGCUGCUGCUCCUCUCAUUACAGUCCUUCGCUUGGUUGAUUCAGAUGAAAAACCAGCCAUGGGUUUCAUCUUUGAAGGCAUGAGAAACGCCAAAGAAACAAUCAAGACUAACUUCGGUUGUGUUAAAAAGAGUUAUGAACCUAUAUGGAAAAUUAUUGAUGGAAGGUGGGAAAGUCAAUUGCAUAGACCAUUGCAUGCAGCUGUGUAUUAUCUUAAUCCUCAUUAUCACUAUGAACCAAAUUUCAUGGUUGAUGAUGCUGACAUUAAGAUUGGUCUAUAUAGUUGUUUGAAAAAACUGGUUCCUAACCAGGAAGAAAGGAAAAAGGUUGGUCUACAGCUUCCUGACUUUCAUUAUGCUAGAGGCCUCUUUGGUAAUGAAACUGCAAAGAGUAGUAGGAAGACCAUGCUACCUGCUGAGUGGUGGGACUUCUAUGGAGAUAGUUGUCCAGAACUAAAGAAGUUUUCUAUCCGAGUUCUAAGCUUAACUUGUAGUUCAUCUGGUUGUGAGCGUAAUUGGAGUGCAUUUGAAAUGGUUCAUACAAAGAGAAGAAAUCGGUUGCAUCAAAAGAAAAUGAAUGAUCUAGUGUAUGUGAUGUAUAAUUUGAAGUUAAAGGGCAAGCAAAUUAGAAAAACUCCAGAACUUGAAUUUGAUGCAGUGCAUUCUGAUGAUGAGUGGAUAACUGAGGAUGUUAAUGAAAAUAUUGCUGAAAGUGUUGAGCAUUCUCACUUGCCAAUGAAUGACAAUACUAAUGAUGAUCCAAAUAGUAAUGAAUUUGCUAUUCCAGGUAUGAAUAGUAAUGAAUUCAACAUGGGUGAGGGAGGUGAGAAUGAGUUUAUUGGGGAUCCACAACAAAAUUUAAUAGAGGAAGAAGAUGAACAUGUGAAUGAUGAUGAAGAUUUUGUUGGCCGUGUUGAACCUGAGGCUGAAAGAAAUGAUGUUUCUGAUGAAGAUGGUGAAGAUGAUGAUGUAAACUCGUACGAGUCUACGAGUCGAGUCUACGAGUCGAGUCUAGGUCAGCUCCACGAGUUUACCUAG